AUGAGCUCACUAAGCUCGACGGAGAAAGAAGCUCUGGUGAAAGGAGAGGAAGAAGCUUUCAGGAUGAAAAGAGAGGAAGAGGAGGCUAUCACAUUGAAAGAAGAAGAGGAUGAAAGAAGAAGGGGUAUUACAGUUAAAGAGGAAGAUGGGAAAGAGGUUGUCAAAGUGGAAGGGGAGGAGGUAGAAGCUUUCAGAAUCAAAAAGGAGGAAGAUGCCAUAACAUUGAAAGAAGAGAAUGAAGUGAAAGAAGAGGAAGAACCAUUUGGAGUAAAAGAGGAAGAGGAGGAUAUCUCAAUAAAACAGGAGGAGACUGAAGUUCCGAUUUCCACCAGAGAGAGACAUGACUAUCCUGGAUCCUCUGGGGGGCCUCAACAACAUCCUGAUGUUGACGAGGCAGAGAAGAGUCUCUCCAGAUCAGAACACCAGAUGGACAAAGCUAGCCCUUCCUCCCUCCCAGAGUCCCCGUGUCAUGCCUCUCCCGGUAGCACUUUACUGCUGGGUAUGAAGAGGUUGUCUGUGCUGCUGGUGGACUGCAGGAAAACAACGGAGCUGACUGGAACUGUGAGAGGAGGAGAAGAGAAGGAAGGAUCAGAUUUGACACAUCAAAGAGGAAAACCAGACUCUGCGGAACCAGGGACUUCCAAACCAGCAAGACAACACCUCUGCUCCCAGAUUGGAAAGAGUUUUACCAAGUUAGGAAGCCUGAAAAGACAUGAGAGGACACAACCAGCAGAGAAGCCACACAAUUGCACACAGUGUGGAAAGAGUUUUAACCAGUUAGGAAAGCUGAAAGUUCAUGAGCGAAUACACAGGGGAGAAGCCUUACCACUGCUCCCAGUGUGGAACUAGGUUUACCAAGUUAGGAAGCCUGAACAGACAUCAGAGGACACACACAGGGGAGAAGCCACACCAUUGCUCCCAGUGUGGAAAGAGUUUUAACCAGUUAGGAAACAUGAGAUCUCAUGAGCGAAUACACACAGGGGAGAAGCCUUACCACUGUUCCCAGUGUGGAAAGCGUUUUAACCAGUUAGGAAAGCUGAAAGAACACAUGAGACUGCACUCAGGGGAGAAGCCUUACAAAUGCUCAGACUGUGGGAAGACAUAUUACUCAUCACAGUCACUUAAAAGUCAUAUGAAAAUCCACACAUGUAUAAUAAUUACUUCUAUUGUGUAAAUUGAUAUUUCACAUCUCAUUGACUUAAAAUUCAUCAGGGGACAUACACAGUGCUCCUGUUGUCUUAUAUUGUUGACUGACAAUGUGUUUACCUGUCUUUACCAGAUGAAAUUAAAUGGUACAGGGUAUACUCAAACAUAUAUUUGUAUGUUUUUAUUAGAAAACAUGAAGUGAAUAUGGAGUCUGUCAGCUUGAAUAUAGAGUAGAUCAGAUUCCAACUGUUUAAAUGGUCCUUUUUUAAACUCUGUGUUUAUCUGACUGUGUGUGUUUAUCUGGGUGUGUCAUUCCUCCAGCACUACAGAUAAUACAGUGAUAUUUGGAUGUGAUGCAUUAGUUCCAUUGUUUACAUUUUCAUUGUGGCCCACUGAUGAUUUAAUGACAUGAAAAUAUUCACUGACUCGCUCCUGGAUUGACCCAAGCCUCCCACUGUAUGAAUAAAUGUUGUUUCCACGUCAUUUCAACUAAAUAAUUCCAUGUGAUGUUUGAUCAAUGAUAUGAAAUGAAAAUGAUUCCAUGUGAUGUUUGAUCAAUGAUAUGAAAUGAACAUGAUUCCAUGUGAUGUUUGAUCAAUGAUAUGAAAUGAACAUGAUUCCAUGUGAUGUUUGAUCAAUGAUAUGAAAUGAACAUGAUUCCAUGUGAUGUUUGAUCAAUGAUAUGAAAUGAAAAUGAUUCCAUGUGAUGUUUGAUCAAUGAUAUGAAAUGAACAUGAUUCCAUGUGAUGUUUGAUCAAUGAUAUGAAAUUAAAAUGAUUCCAUGUGAUGUUUGAUCAAUGAUAUGAAAUUAAAAUGAUUCCAUGUGAUGUUUGAUCAAUGAUAUGAAAUGGAAAUGAUUCCAUGUGAUGUUUGAUCAAUGUAGAAAACUGAUUGGAUUUGUAAAAAGCGUCAACAUAAGGUUAUUCACUGAACUUGCAAUUUAAAUCCAAUGACAAGUGACAUUUUGUGUUGAUUUAAUGUUAAAUUCACUUUAGUUGACGAAUCAAAGAAAUGUAAAUAGAAACUAGAUAUUGAACUGAUGUCUGUGCACAGUGGGCUGGUUUGAAUAAGCAGCAGGUUUUGGAUCAAUAUCCACCUUAGUAGCUAAAUUUCCGUGCAAUUUGCGACAGAUUUUCAUGUGAAUAUUCUCAAAUCUGCAUAAAACAAUAUAUACAUUUUCCCACCAGAAAUGUUUCUAUCAAACAGGUUUAUUGCAGAUUAAAGGCUUUGCGUGACAAAUAAAUCACUUUUGCUGUUGAAUUCCCAAUGGUUUCCAUCACAUUUUCAACUCUACUGAUGGUUUAACAAAACUGUUGUGUGAAAUAGAAAACGUGCUCUUGUCCCGUGCACUGUAGUCAGCAGCUCACAGAUACAGUGCGGGUAGGCUACCUACAGUGGGGAGAACAAGUAUUUGAUACACUGCCGAUUUGUCAGGUUUCCCUACUUACAAAGCAUGUAGAGGUCUGUCAUGUUUUAUCAUAGAUACACUUCAACUGUGAGAGACGGAAUCUAAAACAAUAAUCCAGAAAAUCACAUUGUAUCAUUUUUAAGUAAUUCAUUUGCAUAACUGUACAGGUGGGAAUGCAGGUAAGGCUGUACAGUCCUAUU